UUGCGAAUUGGCUCGGUAUUUUUGACCUAUCUGGCGUGCACUCGACACGAAACUUUAGUUCAACUUUCAAGUCAGAGCCGUAAAGACCAGUCACAAUGAAAAUAUACGCUGUGUCCGAUGGGCCGCCAUCACUAGCCGUGAGAAUGGCCCUGAAGGCCUUGAACAUUCCUCAUGAGCAUAUUUCCGUGGAUUUUGGUGCAGGAGAACAUAUGACGGAUGAGUACGCCAAGAUGAACCCUCAAAAGGAGAUUCCAGUGCUCGAUGACAACGGCUUUUUUCUUAGCGAAAGCAACGCAAUUCUUCAGUAUCUAUGCGAUAAGUACGCGCCGGAAAGUUCGCUAUACCCCAAAGAUGCGACGCUGCGCGCAGUCGUCAAUCAGCGGCUCUGUUUCAAUCUUGCUUUCCUGUACCCAAACAUUUCGGCAUAUGUCAUGGCCCCGAUCUUCUUUGACUACCAGCGCACCCCAAUCGGACUUAAGAAGCUAACCAUGGCCCUUUCGGCGUUCGAAACUUAUAUGAGCCGCACCGGAACCAACUUUGUCGCGGGAAAUAAUUUGACCAUUGCCGAUUUUCCGCUCGUUACUUCCGUCAUGUGUUUGGAGGGCAUCAACUUUGACAUGACCGCGUAUCCGUUGAUUUCAAAGUGGUACGCUGGCUUCAAGCAACAGUUUCCCGAUCUGUGGUCCAUUUCCGCUGCUGGAAUGGCCGAAAUUGCCGAAUUUGAGAAGAACCCACCGGAUCUAACCGGCAUGGAGCAUCCCAUUCAUCCGAUCCGAAAGGUUCAAAAGUGAAAAUAUUUAACCAUUUGUUUUGCAAUAUCUGUGUACUUAUCGAUGCCUUUUUUAAUAAAAUCAAAUAGCCAUUCAAAUUCCAA